UAUGAAGCGUAUCGAAUUUCUGCCUUUAAUUAAAAUUUCAUAGUUAGUGUGUUACACUUGCCGACUGGAGUACACGCCAUUGAACGUCUUGGUUCAUUCAACAUGCUUGCAAAAAAGUUGCGCAGAAACUUGAAGCCGUUUAUUGUGGGAUUCUGUACUUGUGCAUUUCUUUUUAACGUCAAAUUCCUAAUACGGAAUGCGGAACCACUCAGCUGGCAGGCAGAUGAAAAGGUAGCUUGUGACAAAACAGCAAACUCCGAGGGGACAAUAAGCGGUCUUGCAGUGAAAGUGAGCGAUCACGCAGGGGCAGUGGGCGACCACACAGGGACAGUUAACGAUCACGCAGGGGCAGUGGGCGAUCGCACAGGGACAGUUAGCGAUCACGCAGGGACAGUUAGCGAUCACACAGGGACAGUUAGCGAUCACACAGGGACAGUUAGCGAUCGCAUUCGGAAGGUACUGAUUCAUGGAAACGGCAGUUACAAUUUGUACCCAGAUCUUCGUAACAAGGAUUCUUUUUCGCAGUAUGGACAAGACGAGUACCUAAACAAUCUCUUUGGGUCUAAAAGAAAUGGGUUUUUUGUUGAAAUCGGAGCGUAUGACGGACAGUUUAUGUCAAACACAUUACUCCUUGAAAUGAAGAACAACUGGACGGGACUUUUAAUUGAAGCCAUUCCACACUUAUUUUCUUUCAUACCUUCUGUGAACAGAAAUUGUUAUGCUAUUAACUGUUGCCUAGGAUAUACGAAUACGUCCUUGACAUUUACGAUCGCCGGAAUGAUUUCCAGUGCAGAUGCAGUCAUGACUGCACAGCACAGGAACAGAAUAAACAGCGAAAGAAACAACAAUGAUAAAACGUUCAACAAAACCGUAACCGUUCAAUGUUACAGCCUCUUGGAUGUUUUGAACGUGAUUGGCACUAAAAAGGUGGAUUAUUUCUCAUUGGAUGUUGAAGGCGCGGAAUUGUACAUCCUGGAGUCCAUAGACUGGAACCAAAUUGACAUUGAUGUCUUCACCAUAGAAACGGAUCAUCACAGAGACAAAAUAAUGUCGUUCAUGAAAGAUCACGGAUAUAAAUGGCUUACACACUUGCAUGGAGAUGACAUUUUUAGUAAACACACAGGCUAGUCAGGGACGACACUUUCCGCCUAAACAGGAUUUUUGCUGAGGAGACAAACGAAAAAUAUAAUAAAACUGGAAAGUGUCGCCUCUAAUUAGCCUGUGUGCACUCCACGGGCUAAUCUGGGACGACACUUUACACUUUCUGCUCCCUUAUUGACAAAAAUAAUGUAGAAAAGCAAACAAUUAUGGUGUUUCGCAUCGGAGGCCCGCUAAGAUCCUAUGAAAUAUGAUUUUAAAACGGUGAACACAUUGAAGUUGUGCAGCUUUAUAAAUAUCUGGGAGCCUAUUUUACACCAACCCUGUCAUGGACCAAAUCCAGGAAAUAUUAAGUCUACAAGCUUAAAAGGCGGUGGAUAACAUAUACAGAUUUCAAAAUCUUUCUUUAUUUCCAACCUAAGGAUGGUUUUAAACUAUUCGAUGCAAUGGUGACCCCAAUAGUUGUUAUUCGAAACUCUACAGUCUGGGGUUUUCCGAUAUUUGAGCACGCGCGGUAGGUACAAACAAAAGCUGACUAUCAUAUUUUAAAAGAGAGUGAAUCAACAAUUUCUCUUAUCGCUGAAUAGUAAACACCACUUUUUCUGUUCAAACGUUCGUUAUAGUUGAUAAAAAUAGCAUGGUUUAAUCAUUUUUGUUUAGAUGAACAAAUCUCGAUCGUGUUUAAUUUGUAAGAAUACUAUGUAACACGAUAUAAUGCUGCAUAUAAUGCUGCAUGUUCAUGUAAACAGCUUCGGUUACCAUUAUAAAUGGAAGUUUGUCUACGAAACUACCAAUAAAGACAUUGACUCCAUCGUUACGUAUUUAUAAUGUGCUAUUCAAAUCAAAUAUAUUUAAAAUCAUACAGACAAGUACCAAACAACAAAAACCUUACUAUCCUCAGUCCAUUCGAAGAACUAGAACUAAUAUAUCGUUCCAUAUCAGUUGGAUAUUUAUAUGUCUAUUUAUAUAGCUCUUUUAUGAUGCUUUUCUUUAAUCUAAUCUGAAAAGUAAAGAAUAUUAUUCGCUAAAGACUAAGACCUGAAGAUUAAAAUGCACAUCACAUUUGAUACUCAAUGCAAGUGAUUUCGUUCCAAAGAAUUAUUUUAUGUCUGUUUUACUCAUGUCAUGUUUCGAAUAUAGAUUCUAUUUCUCAAAACGCAGUGUUGCGAAACGGACACUUUUAUUGCUUCAAACUUUAUACAGCCGGGAUUCGAUCAUAAAUUUCGUGAAAUUAUGUAAAAAAAAGCAUGAAACUUUUUUCACCCGGGAUUCGAUAAUAAAUCUUGUGACAAUAUAUUUUUAAAAUUAUGUGUUCGUUUCGUUGUUUUGCUUCGUUGAACGCUACUUCGGUCCAUGUGAAUUACUGUGUCGCUAAUGUAGACUAACCACAAUAGUUAUAUUGUCCCGAUAAAUUAAUGAGUUUUGCGAUUCAAUGCGUACACAUCAAAGCCCGAUUAACACUCAAAAUCAACGAAUAUUUCGUUAAUAAUGUCGUAAUAUAAAGUUAACCCAUACAAAAUCAGUGUUCCGUAUAUAAUAGCUUGGUUGUUGCUUUAAGGAACAAUGAUUUUGUAUGGGUCAACUUUUUACGAAGUAUUUUACGAAAUAUUCGUUGAUUUUAAGUGUUAAUGGAGCUUUUAAUAAUGUAUUGUACCAAGUUUCUGACUACAACGAGCAUGGUGUCCAUCAGUUAUUAGGUAACGAGUGGCCGCUUUGGUUUGCUAUGAGUUUAUGAAGAUUUUCUUUUCUUAAGUUCUUAAAAACGUCCACCUCUCGGUCACUAAAGGGUUUAGCCCGCUUUUCGCUUAUUUCUUUUGUGACAGUCAGAGGCCAUAUUGGACAAUGUUCAUCUGACAAAUUGCGCGAAAACGACGUCAUUUUCAGGGUUGCAAUGUAGAUAAUUUUACUGUGCUAAGUUAACAAAUUUCAAUGGUUAGGUUACAACGAAGAAACCAUCGUUUAUACAAAUACAAUUAUCUUGCGGUAACAUAAUAAUGUAAAUAACUGCGUUAAUCAAGUUACUAAAGUUAAUAUUAACCACUGUUUAUACAAUUGACCGCUGAGGUUAAAAAACCUGUCAAAACACCAAUUAUUAAAUGUUUAUCAAUAUACGUAAAUGCUUUACAUAAAUUUACUUUUAUUUUCGACUGAUUUUCAGAAAAUAGUUUGUACAUAUUGCACAACUAUGAAUUGAUAGUAAAUCGACGAUUGGUCCCUCUCCUUAAACCAUCCCGUCGACCAAUCAUCAUCUCGUUCAUUGAUGGAAGCUGUUAUCAAAGCAAUGACUUAUAAUGGAAUCCAAAACUGCGACUUUAUACAUGUACUUGUAACUUUUUGAAGUAUAUUUGCAUACAAAUAUAAUAUUCGAAUAUAAAUUUUGGAUUCGAAUAUUCGGCCGAUUUUCGAAUAUUCGAAUAUUCGGAUAUUCGGCCCCAUCCCUAAUUUAGACUUUAAUCCUGUAUUAAUCGUCUGGAAGACAUGUAUAUCAGUGUUAGAUUUGUUAUGUGUAAUUAAUAAAAAUAAUAGUAUUAGUAAUAACAACAAAAGACUUGAAUUUUGACAUUUCCUAAAAGAAACACUACUGUCGUUUAAAUACUUAUUACCCACUACUGAAUGGGAAGCACAUCGGAUAUCGACGUUUUUGUACCUCCCGCGCGCGCUCAGAUAUCAGAAAAACCCACAGCGCGUGAGUUCCGAAUUAAAUCUAUUUUAUGCAACACAUUAUGAUGAAACUAUAGAGCGUGUACAAUCCCGGGUUUUCAAAUGCGUGGCGUGCUUAAAUCGAAAUGGAAUUUAUCGAAUGUUCGUUGUUCAAGCUAUACAAACUACAAAUUGGAAUGGGCCGACAUAUGAAUAAAGAUAGAGAAUAUAGAUAUUGAUGCUUUUGUUUAAAACGCAAUGUUAAUGUAAUUGAAGACGAAUUCCAUUUUGUUUUAGUGUGCCCAUUAUAUGAUGAGAUAAUACUUAAAUAUUUACUGGACAUUAUUGGAAGCCAUUAUAUAACUUUAAAUCUGUUUAUACAAUGAUGUCGGAAUAUGACAGAAAGAGUGUAAUUGAUUUGGAAUAUGUAUGCACGAAGCGUUCACUACUCGAAAGAAGUUUUUGCUUGAUACUUAAUUGAAUAUAAAAGUGUUUCAUGACGUUAAAAGUAAUUUUAUUACUUCAAUUACUUACUUGUCAAAGUAAUGAUAUGAUAUGUUAUAUACAUUGUAUGCUUAUGUCUUUGUAUUACAUGUUCUGCUCGUUUAUAAUAUAUUAUUAAUUAUGUUAUAAGUUUUAUUACUUCAAUUACUUUCUUGUCAAAGUUAUGAUAUGUUAUAUACAGUGUAUGCUUAUAUAAAUGUCUUCGUGUUACAUAUUCUGCUGGUUUAUAAUACAUUAUUAAUUAUCAUUCCUCUGUCACCACCAUUGGAUACUUAUUGAACAAUUGUAUUUUUGGCCGGAUGCCUUGUAUAACAAUAAACCAUAUGUUAUGUUA